CUCUAAACAAAACAAAAACAAACGGAAACAGAACAGCCACAGAAUAAAAAAAAAAAGCGUAGCUCUGCGGCAAAUUUACUAAUUUAUUAAUUUUAUCCUAUCAUUUAUGUAUUAAAUAUAGUAUUUUAUUUCAAUAUUAGGUAACAAUAAUUCAAAUAAAACAGAGUUUCACUUUACCACUAUGGGCGACGAAGAAAAUGACGAGGAACUGCCGUCGAUUUCUAUGAAUUCGUCAGUCAGAAAUUCGGACGUGCUGUCGAUGCCGUCGGCGGAGCUGCUGGCGACACAGCGCGCGCGCGAGGAGGCAUGCGAGCAGGAGCUGAUGACGCUGCGAGCACACCACGAUGUGGCCGCGCUCACUGACUCCAGCGGGUCAGAAGGAGAGGCCGCUCUAGCGGCGGCGGUGGGGGCUCUUGUGAUGGCGGGUGGGGCCAGCCUGUCGCCCGGCACGUCCCCUCUGCCGGGGCUGCUGGCGCGGCUCGCUCCCGCGCACGCGUCCGCUCUGCUACAAGCCACGCCCGACACGCUGGAAACGCUCACCGAUGAAGUGUGUGGCGCGGUGGAGUCGGAAUGCCUACACUCGGAGCAGGAGGUGGUAUUCGCGGGUGCGUGGUUGUGUGUGCGGGGCGCGGGGGCGGGGAGGAGGAUCCGCCGCGCCCUACACCGCUUGCUGGAGUCCCACGCAUUCCACCACCUGAGCGAGACUUCGUUUGAAUCGCUAAGUCGCGCGUUGUUAGAGACGCGCGAGCCAUCGUUUCUGCGCGCCGAAAUGGCAGACGUGCUGUCUGCUGCGGCGGGGGAGGGGGAGAGGAUAGAGAAGGAUGGGGAUGAGGGAGAGGGUAUGGAGAUAGAGAGAGAGGGACAGAGUAGCGGCGGACAGCGCUGCGCCACGCUGAUUCUCCGGUUACUGGCCGACACAGUAAGCCAGCUGCUUGGACACGAGGCACCGCAGGUAAGUGAAGAUAACGCGGAAGAAUCCCUAAACGGGGAUCCCGCGGCUUCGCACUAAGCAGCUUAGAGGGUAUUCGCAGGGUUUUUAGCGGAUAUUAUGCCGUAAAGCGCCCGUAAGAGUUACGGGGUCCUCAGUGGACAGCCACUGCGGGGGCCCGUAAAGCUUGCGGGAGCCAGGUGUGAGGUCCGUUCGGCGGUGUGCCUCUUAAAGGCGCUGUCGUCUGUAAACAGAGGUUUUGCAUACGGAAAAUCAAAGGUCAGUGAAGAUAAGUCAUCAUCAACCUAUUAAUGUCCCAACUGCAGUUGAACAGGUCUUCCUUUAGGAUAGAAUAGGGAGAUUGGUCCAUGACCCACCACGUCUACCUAAUGCGGAUUAGUGGGUACUGUAACGUCCGUGACGUUGCAGCCUCCUUGUUUAAGUAAACUCUUUGCUUUUGCAAUGCCUACGGUUGGCAGUUAUAUUAAAAAGUUAAUAUCAUGAUUUUAAGAUUUGAAAUAAGGAAUCGUCUGUCCUUUGAUAGAAGGUUCCAUUCAAGAGUAGAUCUUCAGGCACCAAGCAAACCUCUCGUAUUUAGAUAAAAUUCUUUAUAUUCGCCUGAAAUAUAAUAUAAAAUAAUAACCAUCGUCAAGUUGUUUUAAUGAAGAGCCACGUCCCCAGGUUCUAUCCAUUCUGGUAUAGAGCUCCAUAUGGUGGACGCGCCGCGUAGAUUCAAGUACCGCGAGUGAAGAAUAUUUUUAAAUCAAGAAAGAAGUAGUUUUAUAAAGAUGGAGACCAGGACCACAUUCGACGGAAAAGGUGGUGUAACCGAUUUCUUUCGUCAAUUUAAUAUCAUCGCCGCCAUCAAUAAUUUCAACGAUGAUACAAAAAGAGUUGUGUUGUCGGCAUAUUUAAGUGGACCUGCAUUGUUAUUCUAUAAAAAAAUUAAUGAGUCUUGUGAGAAUUUUCAGAUUCUAGAAAAGAAGAUUUGUGAAGAAUUUCCAGCAUCGAUAAAUGCGUUGGAAAAAUUUUUCUCACUAAGACAAGGCUUGUCAGAAGAGCCAUUGACCUUUUUUUAUGUAUUAGAUGAGCUGGCCACAAAAGCGGGAGCUGUCAUCGAUGACAAAUGCUUCAUUAGACAGUUCUUGAAAAAUGCGAAUUUAAAUACGAAAAAUCUUUUCGCUUUUCAAUUAUACGAUAAUAAAGUGCAUUUAAAGGAAGUUUUACGACAAGCGCAGGACAUUUUCGGGGAUGAAAAUGACGAAGUUAAUUGGAAUCUGCCGAUCCAACCAUCGUUUGCUCACUUCGAGGCGACGAAAAUUUAUCAUAUAAUAAGGAAUGAAGAGGAACAGGAGAAGGAGAUCAACCUCAUUUCCUCCCAAAGUGUCCCUUCUCAUCCCAUUGUCCCUCCCGAACAUUUGAUUCCCCGCACUUUUUAUUCCAGCAACAUGAACAAAAAGAAAAAACUAAAGAAGAAAGCAUCCAAAGAAAAUUUUUUAUGAAGAAAAUUUAAUGACGAUGGCUGAUAAAGAAGUUCAACAUUCACAGCCGUUACAAAACUGCAAUCAAUAUACAAGUGAGUCCAAACCAUUAAUUAAUAUAACGUGUCGUGAUAAGGAGUUUGUAGGGCUCAUUGAUAGUGGUGCUGCAGUGUCUGUGGUGUCGAAGGACACAGUUAAUAGAAUUCAUCAACGAAUUGAUGAAAGCGAUACGAAGUUGAAAGCCGUCGAUGGUAAAGAAUUGUCAGUUAUAGGGAAAGUCAACCUAAAAUUAUUGAUAGACAAUGCGUUAUUCAUUCAUGAUUUUCUUGUGGUAGAAAAUAUUAGGCAUAACCUCAUCUUAGGGCAGGAUUUCUUACUUCGAAAUAAUGCGAUAGUAGACUUUUAUAAUGAACAAUUAAUAAUCAAACAUAUUAAAUGCAAGUUUAAAAGACAAUAUACACCAAAGAAUAAUGAAAGGAAUAGUGAUAAUUCGGUGUAUGAUGAAAAUUUAUAUUAUGCCGAAUAGGUUGAUAGUACAAUAAUAAUAAUGUGUUACUAAUGUGAUUUUAUUUCAGUUUAUUGUUUAUAUGAAUAUUUUAAAGCAAUGGUGGUAUGUAAAUAAGGUUCAAUACAAUAGUCAUUUUAGAAAUUUAUUUCAAAAACAUAUUAAAUAUAACUUUGUCAUUUUAUUAGAUUUUUUUUUAAUAUACAUAUUAUAAGGAACUUUUACACAUUUUGUUUAUGACAGAUUAAUAGUUAGUUUCAUUAAAGUAUUUUCAUUUCUUUUAAUUGUUAGCUUUAGUGUAAUUUGUUGAGUAGGUGGAUUAUUGAUAUGGUAAUAACCAUAAGAAUGAUAGGUAACAGGUCCGAUUCUCUGUUCAACUUGGAAUUAUUCAAUUGAUUUUGAAUAUGAUCAUUGAUAGGAUUAAUUCAGCAUUAGGAUAGAAUAUAUAUAGUUAAUAAUGUAUAAUAGGAUCAUAUAGGUCCAUAAAGAAAAUUCCCUUAUUAUAAAAAAGGAAACGGGUUCGAUUCCCUGUAAGGUUAAAAAAUAAAUAAAUGAAUAAUAAUGUUAUAUUUUGAAAAUUUACCCAACUAUGAAAAGAUGGUAUAAAGACUUAUCAUAAUCUUAAUGUUUUCUUGAAUAUUAGCUUACCCGACUGAAGAAAAAUGGUGUAAAGAAUUUUACUAAUAUUUUCUUGAUUGUUUUAUGUACUACCACAUGAUGCGGACUUCCCGAGAGAGAGCAGGCUGGCGCUCAUGCAGACGUCAGCGAUACUGACGAUGAUCCACCUUGAAGAUGAUGAAGACACCCUCUACAAUUCGCGUCGUUUCGUUUCAAUUUGGUCGGGUCGCGUUCGUCGAAAUCGUCACUUGUAGUAGAUUGACUUGGGGGUAGGGAACCCUUAGUAUUCCAUGGGAAUCGGGUUUAAUCUUGUUUGAUGCUAGAUGUCCUUACCCAAAAUUUCUAUUACGUUUGCGCAUCAUGGGUGUCUAAUAAAGUACAAGACAAUAAAGUGGUGGACCACGUCUGUAUCUUUAUUAAAGAUGUACGAAAGUAAACAUUAAUUAUUAAUUCUUUUAGUUUUUGCUCAAAUCCAGUUAGUGUUUACGAAUCUUAGGAAAUAGUUUGAAUUUCGUUUCGUACAUCUACUUAGUAUGGGAAGUAAUGAAGUUUCAAAAUAUAAAUUUUCUUGAUAUUUAAUGGUUUAAUAAAUGGGAUAGGGUAAAGUUUUGCUGAUAGAUGGGAUAAAAUAAAAAUAGCUUGGGUAAUUUAAGGAAUAGUUAGGGAUAGCUUUGUUUUUUUGUUUUUGCCGACUGAUGUCGAUGUAAAGUAAAGUUAAGGUUAGGGGAGAGAUGUACGAGGGAUUUUGUUAAGGUUUUGCUCCCGUAAAGUCUUUGCAAUAAAACUUUGCAAACAGUUAGGGUUCUUUUCCCGUAAAGUUUUUUUUGCAAGUUUUGCAAACUUAUUGUGAGGGCUAGUCUGUAGUAAAGGUCACCUCCCAGUUGUAUUUAUGUCCUUAAGCAGGUAGGGAUUUUAGAUAGGACUGUCGAACCCUCUCGAUGUAGUAGGUAGGAAAAAAAUUUUUGUUCGGUCAUCUAGUAUGACAAAACAAUUUUUUUUUAGAGGUGCCGGAGGGAUGUAACGUCCGUGACGUUGCAGCCUCCUUGUUUAGGUAAACUCUUUGCUUUUGCAAUGCCUACGGUUGGCAGUUAUAUUAAAAAGUUAAUAUCAUGAUUUUAAGAUUUGAAAUAAGGAAUCGUCUGUCUUUUGAUAGAAGGUUCCAUUCAAGAGUAGAUCUUCAGGCACCAAGCAAACCUCUCGUAUUUAGAUAAAAUUCUUUAUAUUCGCCUGAAAUAUAAUAUAAAAUAAUAACCAUCGUCAAGUUGUUUUAAUGAAGAGCCACGUCCCCAGGUUCUAUCCAUUCUGGUAUAGAGCUCCAUACACCUGCAAAUGCAGCGGGGACCAACAGUAUAAUGUGAUUUCCGAAGGACGGAGGAGCUUCUCCUCCUCUUCAAUUCGAUUACUAUUGCGAAAUUCCACCACAAACCACUUGAACCAUCGAGCCCCUCAAAGUGGGGGAUACACUAAGAAACAAAUCAUCACUACAUACACUAUAUAGUGUAGUGUAUGAAUUUAGACUUGUACCGUUACGUAAACAUAACGAUUGAACCCUCCAGUAGCUCCUAUUCAAAAGACUGGCAAUUUGGACCGGACCAAAAGUCAUGGCCGUUUGUUAAAAUUUUGUUUUUGCUGCCCUAGACGUUCGGUCCUACAUAGAUGAGAUAGGUAUAGUGGGAGUACUUAUCUACGUGCAACGUUGCUCCCCAUAUCUUAUUCUGUCGCGCUCGAGUAAAUCCAAAAAUCCCCGCUUGGGCUCUCCUACUAAUAUGUUUGUUGUUUAUCUUUUAAUAUGUAGGGCGCGGAGGUAUCGAGUUGCCUGUGCUAUUGGGCGUGCGACGCGGUGAUUGGUCGAUGGCGCGCGGUAGGUGCGUUGCGGGCGGCAGAGUGCGUGCGCCCGCUGGGCCGCUUACUGCGCCGUUGUCCGCGCCCCGCCCGCUGCCGCUCUCCGCGCGCCCGCCUGCUGCGCCACUGCGCCGCGCCCGCGCACCACGCGCACGCGCCCCACACGCUUGAGAUGUUGGUGAACGCGCGGAAACUUCAGUUGCUCAUUCGGGAGUGAUGAUUGCAGAACCACAUUUUCAUUGACUUGGAGGCCUCUUAGUAUAAGUAUAUUAAUUCUCUCAACCUAAAAAUAAUUUGACAGCAGUAUAUUUUAUUAAAUUUUUACUUUUUUUACACAAUGCAAAGGAGAAGAGAGAGUGCCGUCAAUUUUAGUUCUAAGUUUAUUAAGAAAAAUCACCACAAAUGAAAAAUGUAUAUAGGUAGGUUAAUUAAAAAUAUACUGAUAUAAUGUUACAAAAGUUUUAUUAUAUUUUUAUCAAAAUAUAAAAAUUGCUACAAAAUAUUUUUGUUUACAAUUAUUUAGUAACUUUGGAAUUCCUACUUUUAAUUAUUCGAUAUAAUACCUUUACUUAUUCUCACUAAACCACUGAUUUUCAGUUUCUGAAGUAAUUAAAAAAGGAAGACAUAAUUAUUACUAUUACAUAAUUAUUUAAUAAUAUAUCACACUUUAUUGCAUUUUAACGCUAUUUUUAAUAUCAAGAUUAAAAGGCAAUUCUUAGAAACACUCAAUCUUAAAUUUUUUCAUGUCUCUGGAUUUGGCGGCAUGAGUGUCAACUACAACUUUUGUAUUACUCAACUUAUUCUAAAAAGAUAUUCAUAUUCAGUGUUUUUAAAAUAAAAAUUAACUUAAAAUUAAUAAUGCGCGAUAUGGUAACGAUACAGAAUUCUUAUUUCAAAUAAGUCAUUUUGCUCCCACAGCAAUGUCGCAACAAGAUCUUUUUGAGGUUACCUAUUACAACUUGUCAGAUAAAUAAUUUAAAUAAUAAUUUCUAAAAAUAUUUUUAGAAAUAAAGUUGUCGGCCUAAAUUAGCACUACAAAUUUAUUUAAGAACCAGCUCUUACAGGCGUACUCACAGACCUCAAAUAGAUUUAUUUGUCAUUUAUAGUCACGUACUGUGUUUUUCUAUUAUUACAGCUAAGAAUUUUUUUCUAACUUAAAAGUUAAUUGACGUGUCUGAGUACGGCCGUAAGAUCAACCAAUACAAAAUAGGGUGACCAAUUAACAUUAAGCUGUGCUGCUGCGCUUUGUGUUGUGGGGUGUGGCUAGCUACAGUGCUGUCGCUUAAAAAAAUGUUAAAGUUCUGAUUUUCUAGGAUAGCGGUCGGUGCCGUCAUAUUGCGGCCGUAAUACAACAUUAAAUAACGUCACUAGAACGUUGUCUGUGUAAACAAAGUGGCGCGUUUUUUUAGAAAGCGGUAAUAAAUUCUUCUUUCGCCCGUAUAUCUUCUUAGUCUGUAAUGUUACGUCCGCUAUAUAACGUCACCGUAUUUCUAAAAAACCACAGCUUAACAGUAUAAAGUAUACUGUCAAUAUAGUAAAAAUAAACUGUACCUUGUCUACGUAAGGUCUACUUGUCCCAAACAUUCUUUCAGCGGCUGCACUUUAAACACAACAGGUCAUUGUUAGUAACUUUUCGAGGGUAAAGAAUUAGUAUUGAAUCUGUCAUAUUGGUUCGUAUAAGUAUACACAUACAUAUUAUAUAAGUAUAUAUAAGUGUACACAUACUAGGUAGUGUCACCAAGCAGAGAGGCGGCUCACAACAAAGCUCAGUCAUUUCUGUCAUGCACAACAUAGACGUUUAAUUUACAUACAAUCUACUUUCAAGCGGAAUUUAUUCGUGAUACGUGUUGUCAAAAUGAAUAGCCGUAUGUUUAACAGAUUUUUUACGUGGAUGGCGAGAGCCGUCUUUCUACUAGCUACAGUGCGACAAUAACCUUUAACAAUGUAAAAUCUCAAUGACACGGGGCGAGUUCGCAAAAAGUAGCUUGUAAACUCGCCCCGUAUCAUCGAGUAGCAAUUUACAAGCUGCUAGUAAACUCGCUGGCUUAUAGCUUGUAAACUGUGUUAAUUUUCUGUCUCUGAGUUGGUACGAUUGCACGCAUCACACGAAAGCAUUACUUUUGAGAGUGCUCGAUUGUGCGAAGCGUUGCUGUAGUUGAAACACUCAACGUUAAGCAUUAUGCCGCAUAAUGAGCUAUAAUGCUGUAAUUGGAAAGCUACCGUAGUAUAGUAUCUGUCGUAUUGGUAGGUAGACCUAUAUUGGGUGAUAUGUUCAGGCAUAUGUAUGCAGGGUAGGCACGGAGAAGUGCGCCAGUUGCAGCGUGAUGGCACUUCCGCACACUUUGCGGUGAUACCAACCGCGCGCCUCCCAUCUACACACAACAUUUAUAUUAUAAUAUAUACUUUGUAACACAUUCAUCGGCCCACUUAGUUUUAGUUUCAACUGUCCGUAGCAAAAAUAUAGGAUAGGAUGAAACACCUUUUUAAAAACACGAAAAAGAUUGAUAAAUCAGCUUCAAAACUGCAUAAAAACUUUUAGCUCGAUGUAACAUUUAUUUUAGCUAAGGACUGUCAAAACUUUAAAAAUGCAAGGUGGGCCGAUAUAUGUGUUCGGAAGUAUAUUUCACUAUCAACAUCAGCCUAUUAAUAUCCCCAGUGCAGGGGCACAGGCCUUUCCUAUGAAUGGAACAGGGAGUUUGGGCCAUCACCAACACGGGCUCUGUGCGGAUUGAUGCGUGCUAACGACUGCAGAUACAACCGAGACCAACGGCUUGACAUGCCCUCCGAAACAAAGGAGAUCUUAUACGAUCGCUGACCGAAAGUGCUAAUCACCUGCACUAUCGAGCUACUAAAUAUAGCUAUAAAAAGACAGGCUAGUCAUAGUAUACAUAAAAGAGGGCAAGAGGGUUCAGCCUCCCAAAAACAGAGGGGGUCUAAGAAGAGAAGGAGAGGAUGAAGAAAACUAAGCUGAUUCGCCAAUAACGUAUUUGACAAGUUUUAGAAAACGAUAGAUUAUGAUGAUUUAUGUUCCACUGUGCCCCUUGUAACACUGUCCCCCCACUUGAGCCUAUCCAUAUCGAUGUACCGACACUGACCCGUCGCGAUGCAGCAGGUGUCGCGCGCCCUCCUGCAGCUCUCCUAGCACGCACUGCAGCGAGUGCAGACCGCGCCCCGCCCACUAGCGCCUGCAAUACGCCGCCUCUAUGCCAGCUGUAACACCGCGAUGUACCGACACUGACCAGUCGCGAUGCAGCAGGU